UGGGAGGCACUAAUUCAGCUACUGAUAUCGCUCCAGUUCCGCGCUCGCUGCGCUCGAGUUCAGUCAGCAGUCUUUCAACUCCAACUUUCAGCGCGAUCCAGACGCACUUGACUGACCGCGACGCCACGGACUGGACAGCUGGGCUCAGAUGACACGUUAAGAACUGAAAAAAAGAAUGGACCGAUCUGUUAAAGCGAAAUAAAAGAUGCAUCCUAGCGUGUCAGUGCCAGCGUAUAGCGCGGGGAUGCGCAGCGGCAGGUGAUGUGGAUGCUGACGCGCCGGGGCUCAACUGGUCUCCAAGUGGCUCUUAGAACCUGUGGAAGAACUUUUGCACGGCUGGCUUUCAGUAGGAGUCGAAAUCAUGGAGUUGAGGGACCGUCCAAGAAGUCUUUAUGACAAUUUCGGUAUUAGUUUCCAUUUAGGCAUUUAUUGUUUAUUAAACACUGCUGCGCGAAUCAACAAAUGGCUCGCUUUAACGCGCUAAUCUAGUAUUGCUUAUUGCGGCACGUUUUAAAACUUUUCCGGCACGUUUAGUGACAGCACUUGUUCUUAUCGAGUUAAUCCGGAUCCCGUUGGCUCGUAUGGGACUGAGGCACUCAUCGCGGUGCCUGCUCCUGCGGAGAAAGAUGGCGGAGGCGGAGAGCUCGGAGCAGCGCCAGCAGCAGCGUAUUUCCAAUGCUCCCUCGUCCCAGUCCUUGCAACCAUCUCCGCUACCGAAGCCAGUGACAUCUGUUCAUCAUGUUCCUCACCCCCCACACACGCCACACGUCUCCUCGCUUUCUGCCUGUCCCGGCCGAGGCAAGAUGGCCAAGCUACUAAACCCGGAGGAGAUGACAUCACGAGACUACUACUUUGACUCCUACGCCCACUUUGGGAUCCACGAGGAGAUGCUGAAGGAUGAGGUGAGGACGCUGACGUAUAGGAACUCCAUGUACCACAAUAAACACAUCUUUAAAGAUAAGAUAGUUCUAGACGUGGGCAGCGGAACCGGAAUCCUCUCCAUGUUUGCUGCCAAAGCAGGAGCCAAGCAUGUAUACGGGAUUGAAUGUUCCAGUAUAUCAGAGUAUUCUGAGAAAAUCAUCAAGUCAAAUCAUCUGGACAGUGUUAUCACCAUCAUAAAAGGAAAGGUGGAGGAGACCGAGCUGCCGGUGGAUCAGGUGGACAUCAUUAUUUCAGAGUGGAUGGGCUACUGUCUUUUCUACGAGUCGAUGCUCAAUACUGUCAUCUACGCCAGGGACAAAUGGCUGAAACCCGGUGGUUUCAUGUUUCCAGACAGAGCCACAUUGUACGUGGUUGCCAUUGAAGAUCGGCAAUACAAAGACUUCAAAAUCCAUUGGUGGGAGAAUGUCUACGGUUUUGACAUGACGUGCAUUCGAAACGUCGCUAUGAUGGAGCCCCUGGUGGACAUAGUAGAUCCUAAACAAGUCGUGACCAACUCCUGCCUCAUUAAGGAGGUGGAUAUCUACACGGUGAAGCCGGAGGACCUGACGUUCACCUCGGCCUUCUGCCUGCAGAUUCAGAGGAAUGACUACGUUCACGCUCUCGUCACGUACUUCAACAUGGAGUUCACCAAGUGUCACAAGAAGACGGGCUUCUCCACAGCCCCCGACGCUCCCAGCACUCACUGGAAGCAGACGGUGUUUUAUCUGGAGGAUUAUUUGACGGUGAGGAGAGGAGAGGAGAUCCUGGGCAGCAUCACAGUGAAGCCUAACGAGAAUAACGAGCGUGACUUGGACUUCACCUUUGAGCUGGAUUUCAAAGGACAGCUCUGCGACGCAGCCAUCUCCCACGACUACAAGAUGCGGUAAAGCGCGAGCGUCAUCCUGAGCCGGGCCGCCGUUUCCCAGGGAUCGGGCCUCUCCUCUGCCUCUGUCUGGAUCAGAGAGGCUGCCGUCGGUGAUGCCAUCAGUGCCAGUCCAGCACUAAAAGCAAUAGUGUCAUCACGUGUCACGUUCUUAAAUGCACAUAGAGGAUAGACUGUGAAAACAUCACUCUGAAUGUUACGGUAACGAGUCCGAGAAUGUCAAAGCUUGUGUUUAUUUAACCUUAUAAGAUAGGAAAGUGUCACCGAACAGUAUUUGCAAUGAGAAAUCGUACAACAGUGCCUCAUCGAACAAAGGCUUCAGUUCGGAGAAGAGCAUGAAUGGCAUUUUUCACUUCAUAUUUGAUGUUUCGCUUCUAUUUAAGUGCUUUUCUUGCGUUAUAUUUAUUGGGUUAGUGUUGAGUCGUUUAAUAUAGUGACCACUGGCAUGUCGUCUGCCUUUAUUUUAAUUCUUUUCUAAGAGCAGCUACACUAUUUUAAAUCAUUCUUGUCAAAAGCAAGACCUAUUUAUUAUUUUAGCGUGACAUAACGUGACAGUUUUAACUUUUUAAUAUUUUUUGGUUUUGUGUUUUUGGUCAGUUGUCAGGUCAUUGUCACAUACAACCUUUGUGUAAAGCGAUCCCUGAGCGGUUCAGAUGAAGACAACGAACGAGGCACAGCAUGCUCGACGCUGAAUCCAGACGAUGGUUUUCCCUCAAUAAUACAUUUGAAGAUUUUAGUGCUUCGUGUUGUUGUCAUCAGCUGAACUCUCUCUACGAACGGUAACUGAAACACUUCUUGUUCAAGCAAAUGAGGUUUUACUGGCCAGUUUGAAAUCUAGGUUUCAUGAAGCUAGCAAGACUUCAGGUGGGUUGAAUGAGGCUAUUGCAAUGCUAAAUAAAUGGAAAGUAACAAACAA